AUGGAAUAUUAGAAAUAUUGACCUCAAAAUGGGUGAUGACCCGACAUUCGAUCCAAACGUAGGCUUUGGAUAUAAAAGGAUGGAAAGAAAGAUGGUUGCCUGCGAAGAAGACUUGAUAUCUGCCCGUAUACCGCCAAAAUUUCGUGAUUAUUGUGCCCAUUUGUUACUGGAUUAUCAUGUUUGUCGAUACAAGAAAAUGCCUUUAAUAUAUCGUUGUGCUCAUGAAAAGCAUGCAUAUAUAAGUUGCGAACAUCAAGACUACGUUCUUAGAAUGAAGGAAUUUGAGAGAGAGAAGAGAUUACGAGAAAGAAAACUUAGGUUAAACGAGUGUGAAGACGAGUGAAAUUACUGUAUAGAUUCUGAAACUUAAGAUUAUAAAUAUAGAUGCAUUUUUAAUUUAAAAUACUA